AUGAUUACAUGUCAUACGCCAUAUUCACGGUGAACAAAUUUUGAGGAAGAACAGUCGGGAAAGAUAUCUUCUUUUAAUUCCUUUUUGUGAACAAUUCUUUGACUUGGACAAUGGCAAAUACACAACCGAUUUAUACCCCAUUCUUUGGCUCAAUGGGCGCCACAGCCGCCAUAGCUUUCAGUGCCCUGGGAGCUGCCUAUGGAACAGCUAAGUCCGGCACUGGAAUAGCAGCUAUGUCUGUGAUGAGGCCAGAGCUGAUCAUGAAAUCCGUCAUUCCUGUUGUCAUGGCUGGUAUUCUUGCUAUUUACGGCUUAGUCGUAGCUGCUGUCAUAGCUAACAGUAUCGGGAAAGACUACACCCUAUUCAAGAGUUUCACACACUUGGGAGCUGGUCUCAGUGUAGGUCUCAGUGGUUUGGCCGCCGGAUUCGCCAUCGGAAUCGUGGGAGAUGCGGGAGUACGUGGAACGGCACAGCAACCUCGACUGUUUGUUGGAAUGAUUCUGAUUCUCAUUUUCGCUGAAGUAUUGGGAUUAUACGGAUUUAUCGUCGCUCUAAUUUUGGCUACAAGAAACGAGAGUUAAUUCAUUCUCACCAUGACUACUGAACUUGUACAAAAUUGUCAGAAAUGCUGGUCUAUUGUUAUAUUGUGUUUGUAAGAGAGGGGACGAUCAAAAUAUCUCAAUAAAUCCUGUACAUUGAAAGUAAGCCCGUGUAAAACUAAUUCAUGUCAUUUGACAUUGUAUAAGGUCUGGAUAUGGUAGUGUUUGUAGAACUGUGUUGUAAGUGCUGUGUUAUAAUCAUUCCUAUAGUGGGCCAGUCACUUCUAGAUCUUGUGCAUCAUUUCUGUGAUUUGUGUUAUAGUUAAACACGGGGUAUUCUCAAAGUUUACAUGUAUCUUCUAUAAAAAUUGUUAAAAAGUUCACUUUCCAUCUCUAUCCUGACCUUGAAAUUACCCACCAUAUUCUCUGGUAUCUUUCUCAUACAAUACUCUUUAUUAUUAUACAAGGUACAUGUGAACAUACAUGAACUGUGGAAGUAUGUAUAAAUAUUAACUAAAGGUAUUUAAUAUAUUGUCUGUUGUUGUUUUUUCUGUCUAGUCUUAAAAAAAAAUAAUAAUGUAUUUGGAAACUGGCAAUUCUGAAAAUUUUUUGUCAUUAGAUAUUACCUUGUUCAUGCUUUUGACACAUUUAAUAUGUCUUGGCCUAGUUUUAACUUCAAUUCCAUUGUUGCCUAAUUAUUAUUAAAAGAAAGACAUCUAUAUAUGUAGAGUUAAUGUAAUGUAAUCUCUCAAAAGGAAACCUUAUUUAGAUAGAUGAAAUCACUAUGGAGCUAGAUCUAGCAGUGAAUCUGUAUUAGGUCAUAAUUUUAUGAUUUCCACCACGCCAAGUGGCAAUAAAAUUAACAAACAAG